AUGUCUGAUAUUCCUCUAAAUGAUUCCAUACUUAAAUGGAAAUUAUGCAUGGAAGAACCCUCAUUAGCAUAUGCAGCAAAACCUAAUGCAAGGCCAGUCCUUUUUGUUGUGGGUAUUCCAUACCCUCUUUUGAAGGUAUGGCAGGAAUACAUGGUGAAGCAGAACGAAAUGCAGAAAAUAGCUGAAGAAGAUAGAGCUGGCGAGAAUGAGAAUACCUGCCCAUGUCAAGAUAAUUUAGAUUAUGUCGACUUAUUCGAGCUUUCAAUCCCUGGUAGUGCCUUUGGAAUAACGGAAGACAAAACCAUCAGAAGUGAAGUCAACGCUUCUCUGCGUAAGUUUGCCGGAAUGGUAAAAUCUGCUUACAACAAGGCAAAGGGGGGACACAAGAGGAAGGAACUUGAUUCCUGUGUAAGAAGAUUUCACUUACUUGAGGGUAUGACCAUUUCUGUAAAAGAGUUGCAAAGAGAAAAUGAGAACAUUUGUGAUGAACUUGAAAAGUGGAAACAAAGUUACAAGGAUCUUCAUGAGGAGAAAGAAAAGCUUUAUUUGGAGAUGGUUUCUGCUAUGCAAGAGAAGAAUGAGGAAAUUAAAAAUUUAAAUGAAGUAAACAAGGAACUGUUAGAUUAUAUAUUGACCGUAUUGAACAAAAGCACAAUUUUAAAAAUCAAGGCAAAGAUGUUGCCCAUGUUGCCAAAAAAUCAAGAACUCUAA